CGGUUUCACGACACGCCAGCUCACCGUUCUAGUUUGCAGCUACUGGCUCAGCAUCGUUUGAGGCGACGUCACCUCCAACACGGAACGCGCUCCGCGACAGCAGUAUAUAGCCCCGCUGCAUCUAACUUUGUCUGGAUACACACACGCUCUCAUCAGCCAAAUCUCCGAGCUCCUUAAAUUCUCCUUGGCAUGUCCACCAGACUAUUUCAGAGCUCUGCCUUCCGAGCUGCCCUCAGGUCCAGCAGAACCGUCUCCCCUCUCCACCUCCGUCUGCGGCUCAUGUCCACCAAGCAGUACGAGUACAUCCUCACCUCCAAGCCUGCUGAGGGCGUCGCCCUCAUCACGCUCAAUCGGCCCAAGGCCCUCAACGCGCUUUCCUCACCGCUCUUUGCAGAGCUGAACGAGGCCGUGGCCGAGUUCGAUGAAGACCAUUCUGUUGGCGCCAUAGUUCUGACCGGCAGUGAGCGGGCCUUCGCAGCGGGUGCCGACAUCAAGGAGAUGAAAGACAAGACCCUCAAUGAGGUCUACCAGAACAGGUUCCUCGAAGACUGGGGCAAAAUCACCUCGCUCCGCAAGCCCAUCAUCGCUGCCGUCAGCGGAUACGCGCUCGGCGGCGGCUGCGAACUCGCGCUCAUGUGCGACAUCAUCCUCGCGUCCCCGACAGCGACGUUCGGCCAGCCCGAGAUCAACAUCGGCGUCAUCCCCGGCGGCGGCGGCACGCAGCGCCUCGCGCGCGUGAUCGGCAAGUCGCGCACGAUGGAGCUCACCCUCACCGGACGCACCUUCAGCGCCGCCGAGGCCGAGAGCUGGGGCAUGGUCUCGCGCGUCGUCGGCGAGGGCGACGGCAAGGUCGUCGAGGAGGCCGUCGCCAUGGCCAAGACCAUCGCGAGCAAAGGCCGCCUCGCCGUCCAGGCCGGCAAGGAGGCCGUCAACGCUGCGUACGAGCAGACCCUCCGUGAGGGCCUCAACACGGAGCGCAAGCUGUUCCACAUGCUGUUCGCGACUCACGACCAGAAAGAGGGUAUGAGUGCCUUUGCUGAAAAGAGGAAGCCCGUCUGGAAGAACGCGUAAGUCUGUGUAUGCGGCGAAUGGAAUAUUAUGUACACUAUCAUAGCGGGACUUUCUGGAAAUCUGGAAAAUAAAAUGUGGCCUCGCGAAAACUCC